AUGCAUCAAAGAAAUAUUUUCAAAAUACGACCUCCAAAUCAUGAAGAGUUAGCCAAAAAAUAUCCUCAAUUGAGAAAAAAAUGUUUUGUGGGGGCAAAUGGAAAGGUCUGCAUUGACUUUUCUUCUACAGAAGCUGUUCGUUCAUUUACAGAAAUAUUGUUGUUUGAAUACUUUGAAUUAAAUGUGUCAAUACCUAAAGGUGUGCUAGUUCCUCGUGUUCCGCAAAGACUAAAUUAUUUGUUGCUGGUUGAGGAUUUGAUUAAUUUGAAUGGAUUGGGGGAGGAGGAAAUUGUUGGAAUUGAUAUUGGAACUGGUCCUCUUUGUAUAUUCUCUUUACUUGGUGCUUCUCUAAAUAAUUGGAAAUUCGUUUCUACUGAUAUUUGUAAUGAAUCACUUCAAAUGGCAAAGGAAAACUUGAAAAAUAAUUCUUUGGAAUCCCUUGUUUGUUUAAUCAAUAUAGAGGAUGGUUCUUUCUUUAAGAACAUUUUUGAACUACCCGAAUACAAGCCAACAAUUUUUGCUUUUUCUGUUUGCAAUCCCCCAUUUUUCGAUAUUAACGAGGCUGAAGAGAAAUUUGCGUCAAUUGGAGAUGUUUCUCUACAAAAUUUACCAAAUAGAAGUAGAGGUCAACCACGCUCUGGAACAACUGCUAUAGCUGAAGAAAUUGCUUAUAAAGUAUUUUUAAAUUUUUUAGACUUUGUUUUUGAGAAAAAUGAGUAGAUUUAUGCCCAAUAGGGACAGGUUAUUCUAAAAUCUGAUUGAAAAAAUUUUGAAACUCCGACCUAAUACUCGACUUUUUUUACAAUUCGAUCCAUAUGAGCGGGACUUGUGACAUCCCUGGCACUUAUCCCGGGGAAGUAAAUGAGAGAAUUUUUCCUGGCUCUACAUUCCUGAUCAGAUAGGUCAGAUUAUUCCGAAACCCGAUUGGAAAACUUUUGGAGCCACGACCCGACCUGAAUCGACUUUCUUCUCAACUCGAUCCAUAUGAGAGUGACUUAUGACAUCCUUAGCACG